AGAGCAGGCACUUAAGCCUUAAAUCUGAUGAAAGACUUACCCAAGAAAAAAAAACUUAUAUUAUAAUAAUAAAAAAAUAUUUUUUUAUAACUAUAUUUUUUUUAAAAAUAUGGUUUCACUUGCAUUUGAAUUUUUUCUUUCUGCCCUCACAUGGAUGUAGAAGACGUGUGUUUUUGGUUCUGAAACAUCCGACCAGUGAGAGCUGAAAAGAGAAGAUUUCUUUUUCUUUUUUUUUUUUUUAAAGGAACAAGUGCGGCAGAAACCAACGCCCCGACGAUGGCACUGGGCACCGAGUACGACGUGAAGGGCAGCAGCAUCAUCAGGGAGUGGAGUGGACAGGUCCAGCCCGCUCUCGUCGCCUCCUUCGUCUUCCUGUUCUGCCUGGAGGCCUGUCUGUGGGUCAGGAACCUCAGACAGAAGAGGAGACUGCCGGGACCCUUCGCCUGGCCCGUGGUGGGCAACGCCAUGCAGCUGGGCCAGACGCCUCACACCACCUUCGCCAGGCUGGCCAAGAAGUACGGCAGCGUGUACCAGAUAAGACUGGGCCGCAGCGACAUCGUGGUCCUGAACGGGGACAAGGCGAUCCGUCAGGCUCUGAUUGAACACAGCACGGAGUUUGCAGGCAGACCCAACUUUGUCUCCUUCCAGAUGGUCUCCGGAGGCAGGAGUUUGACUUUCACCACCUACAGCAAACAGUGGAAAUUGCACAGGAAAAUUGCCCAGACGAAACUCAGGGACUUCUCCUCUGCCACCAGUCAGACCAAGAGUGCCUUUGAGCAGCACAUCACCGUGGAGGCCUUGGAGCUGGUGAAGAUAUUUCUGUCCCACAGCAGUAACGGACGCCACUUUAACCCAUCGCAAAAGUUCACGAUCGCCGCCGCCAACAUAAUGUGUGCUCUUUGCUUCGGGAAGAGAUAUGGACACGAUGACCUUGAGUUCAGGAACCUGCUGCAAAAACUUGAAAGGUUUGGAGAGACGGUCGGGGCAGGAAGCCUGGUAGAUGUGAUGCCCUGGCUCCAGAACUUCCCUAACCCCGUCCGCAGCGUGUACGAAAACUUCAAAACCCUCAAUGAGGAAUUCUUCAGUUAUGUCAAGGACAAAGUGGACGAGCACAGAGAGUCCUUCACCCCCGACGUGGUCCGGGACAUGAGCGACUCCAUCAUCAACGUGAUCGAGCACAACGAAGACUGCGGACUGUCCAAGGAGUUCGUGGAAUCGACCGUGACGGAUCUCAUCGGCGCAGGUCAAGACACGGUGUCGACCUCCCUGCAGUGGAUCUUGAUUCUCCUGGUCAAACACCCAGACAUGCAGAGGAAAGUCCACGAGCUGAUGGACAAAGUGGUGGGUCCAGACCGACUGCCCACCAUCGAGGACCGAAGCCGCCUGGCGUACCUGGACGCCUUCAUCUACGAGACCAUGCGCUUCAUCAGCUACGUUCCCCUGACCAUCCCUCACUCCACCACCUCAGACGUCACCAUCGAAGGUCUGCACAUCCCUAAAGACACCGUGGUCUUCAUCAAUCAGUGGUCUGUCAACCAUGACCCCCUGAAGUGGAAGGACCCCCACAUCUUUGACCCCACGCGCUUCCUGGACGAACACGGAGCCCUGAAUAAAGAGGUCACCAGCAGCGUGAUGAUUUUCUCCACGGGUAAACGCCGCUGCCCGGGAAGCCAGAUCGCCAAAGUGGAGUUGUUUCUAUUCGCAGCGGUGCUGCUGCAUCAGUGCAGCUUUGAGGCUGACCCCUCCAACCCCCCCAGUCUGGACUGCUCCUACGGGCUCACGCUGAGGCCCCUCCAUCUAAGCAUCAGUGCCAAGCUCAGGGGAAAGCUGCUGGACGUCGUUUCUCCAGCGUGAACACGAACGCGUCCCCAGAACUGUGACUCCGGGCCAGAAAACACUUUAUCACCCAUGAUAUUUACAGUCGGAGUGAGUAUCAGUAUACCUGCACUAAACCCUGUCGUAAGAGUCCAGUAUUUAACAGUGAUAUUUAACAGAUACAUUAACAGAGUCUGUACUGAUUGAUUGCGGCUGCAGGGCCGCGGGAGUCGAUGUAAAAAUGUAUCAUUUGCCACGAAAAAAAAAAAAGAAGAAGAAGUGAUAUUUACUUGAUGUACAUGAAUGUGUCAUUCCGGUUCAGGCGCUCGUUUCGCACCCACUGUUGUUGCGUGAUGGCCCUGAAACGCUCGUGAAUGUUAUCAAGUGGUAAAUAUGUAAGAAUAUAUUUAACCUUCGCCACAUAGUGCAGUACAAAAAUGUUUUUAUUCUAAUUUUUGUAUUUCAGGUAUGAUUUA